CAAGCGAGAUGGCAACAUACGGGUCUGGCGCCUGCGGUUAUUAUGCUGGAAUGAGGCGGUAUUGCAAGAGAAAGAGUGCGUGCACUGCUGCUCUUAAGACUGAAGAAAUUGGUACCAUGGUGGUUGUCGUGGUGUGCGUGUGAGUAUGGCAAAGUACUUGGUAGACUGGAGAAAAUUUUUUUUCUCUCUCCCUGGGAUGUAUGAUUAAUGCAAUCACUUCGCAAAAUUAAUCCGUAGCAGAUCCGUUUCCGGGCUUUUCUUUCCAAGGUCCCGGCGGCCGAAACAUUGCCCGCAGCAGGCGGCCAAGCGUACGGUGCCGCUAAACACAAUUGUUGAGCGCAAGUGUUGCGGGCCAGCAAUAGGCAGCAUUUGCUGCGUAGGUUUGUUGCGGGUGUGUGCGUGCGUGCAUCGGAUCUCUUUGUCGUGUACUCCUGGUCCGUGGCAAACGGUGGUACACCAACAUUUGUAGGGCUAGCACAAGCAAAAGACAACCAGCCCGCUCUCACUGGACGGUCCAACACACAUACACACAGAGAGAUGUGCUUAUGCUCGCGAGCAUACUGAUGUGUGCGUGUGUGUGUGUGCAGAGAAGCUCAAUACCCAGCGAGAACGCGCAGACUUUCAGUACCUAGUGUUUCGUGGACGCACGCAGAUGCGAGUUUUACCGUGUGGCAGAGCUACCGCAAAAAAGGCCCAGCAUAAGCACCCGAACAGUGCCAGCAUAUAAGCAAGUCCGCCAGCGGCCAUCAUCGCGUACGCGACCGUGUGUGUUUUUGUGUUUCCCAAAUUUUGAACGGGUUUUGCCUGGUGCGGGGAAAAAGAACAGUGUCCGGACAGUUUUUGGUUGGUGAACAAUUCGGAACGGCAGUAAAGCUCCUACGGUCGCGGUCAGAACCCGAACCAAACGUCAAUCCCCUGGUGUUCCCGUAACAUCCAGUAGAAACAGUGACCAAACGUGCCCCCGCGUAUGGUGUUGACCGGAAGCCGCACAGCAAGACAAAAAGGAACCAAGGCAUACACACACACCCGGCGAGCAUCGGUGUUGCUGCACCGUUUGGUGGCAGAAGCGGCAGCACCAACAGCAGCAGUAGCAGCAGCCCUUCGGUCGCAACACCCGAGGCCGCAGCGGGAGCAGUAGGAACCGCAAUGAAAGCAUAGCACCGGAUUUAGUGCUUUUCGGCAGGCUGCAUCUGUUACGGAAGCGAUCUUUAGCAAUGGAGCGGUUCCAGCGCACCGGCGUCGUCCUCAUCAUCCUCAUCAGCGUAUUGGGCGCCCAACCGCAAGCCAAUCACAAUUUCCCAUCGAAGGGAAGCAAUGCCACAGACAUUAGCAGUCGACUAGUUAGUCAAAUAGUUUUUAAUUCUACACUCAACCACCUGGCGGUGGACCGAAGCACCGGAAGUGUUUAUGUGGGAGCGGUGAACAAAUUGUACCAGAUAACGAAUGACCUUAACAUCUUAACGGUCGUGACUACCGGACCGCAGAAUGAUUCAUACCAGUGCACAAUACUCGAGUGUCCGGGCGGUGCGGUUAAAACGCCGAUGGACAACGUCAACAAGAUGCUGCUGAUUGACAGCAAUGCGAAGAACCUGAUCGUAUGCGGUUCACUGUUCCAGGGCAUCUGUCACAUCCGCAACCUGCACAACAUCAGCAUCGUCGAGCAGGAGGUGCUGGAAGCGGUGGUGGCGAACACGGCCAACGCCAGUACGGUCGCGUUCAUCGCGCCCGGACCGCCGCUAACGUCGGCGGAAAACAACGUACUGUACGUGGCGGUUACGUUCACCGGCAAUUCACCGUACCGCAGCGAAAUACCGGCCGUAUCGUCGCGCAGCCUUGCCCGGGACCGGCUGUUUCAGCUAGCUGCGAGCGCGGUCACGACCGGCACGCGCCUGUUCGUGAACAACUAUGCGCGCGAAACGUACAUCAUCAAUUACGUGUACGGGUUCAGCUCGGAACGGUUUUCCUACUUCCUGACCACGCAGUACAAGAGCAGCUCGCAUUACGCGUCGAAGGAGCGUAUUACGAAGCUGGUGCGCAUCUGUCAGGACGAUUCACACUACCAUUCGUACACGGAGAUACCGGUCGACUGUACGAGCAAGGACGGUACCAAGUUUAAAACGGUGAGCGCGGCGUACGUCGGCAAACCUGGGCACGAGUUGGCCCAGAGUCUCGAAAUUACCACCAACGACGAUGUGCUGUUUGCCGUGUUUGAUGCACCGAGCUCGAACAAGUCAGCGCUCUGCGUCUACUCGCUGAAAGCGAUCCGGAAGAAGUUUAUGCACAACAUCAAGAUGUGCUACAACGGUGAGGGUCUGCGCGGGUUAGACUACAUCUCGCAGAAUAUGCCGUGCAUUGCGACGAAGCUGCAAACGAUCGGGGAAGAUUUCUGCGGUCUGGACGUGAACUCGCCGCUCGGUGGUGAGCAAGCGGUUGCUUCGCUGGCCGUCAUCCUGUCGGAGGAACGUAUGACCUCGGUCGCGGUGACGGCAACGUCCAACUUUACCGUCGUGUUCAUCGGCACGGAAACGGGCCAGCUGAAGAAGAUUGUGAUGGAAUCAACCACGUCCGCGAUGCAGUACGCGAUGAUGAACGUCGACCUUGGGUCACCGAUCCAGCCCGACAUGUACCUCGAUCCGGACAAUGACGAUCUGUUCCUGAUGUCGAUGUACAAGCUGUUCAAGAUCCGCAUCUACGAUUGCUCCGUUUAUACCACCUGCCAUUCCUGCCUGUCGGCGAAGGACCCGUUCUGCGGGUGGUGCUCGCUAGAGAACAAGUGUAGCCGACGGUUCGAGUGUCAGGACAGCUCGAAGGAUCCGCUGUCAUGGUUGAGCUACAAGUCGGGCAAAUGUACCACGAUUACCAGCGUAACGCCACACCAGUUGCAGCGCACGACGGCCCGAACGCUCGAGCUGAUCAUUGAAAAUUUGCCCAACCUGAAGGAACCGCUCGUGUGUGCGUUCACGUUCGCCAGCAUGGAAAAGCCGAUCAUUACGAAUGCGACGAAGAAGCGGAACGGUGUCAACUGUACCACGCCCCGGACGGACCUUUUGCCACAGAUAGGAUACGGCGAAAAUCAUUUUAAUGCUACACUGUCAAUCAAAACGUCCCAGGGGCCGGACAUAGUGUCGACCACGUUCACGUUCUUCGACUGCAGCACCCAUCUAUCUUGCACGCAGUGCGUAUCGUCCAAGUUCCCGUGCGACUGGUGUGUGGAGGCGCACCGCUGCACGCACGAUACGGCCGAAAACUGUCGCAACGAUAUACUGGUGACGGGGAUCAGUCGCAUCGGACCGAGCUACCGGUCCGGGCCCGGCUUCUGUCCGACGAUCAACGUGACCGGCGACGGAUCGGAAAUCUUGGUACCGGCCGGUUCGAAGAAAUCCGUCAAGGUGAAGGUACAUAUCAUCGGUCAAUUCAUCGUGCAGACGCGCUUCGUGUGUCAAUUUAAUGUGGAGGGUCGGGUGACGAGCGUCAAUGCACAGCUGCUGGGCGACACGAUCUACUGCGACGAGAUGGAGUUUACGUACACGGCCAAGACGUCCAAGCUGAACGCAACGUUUGCGGUCAUUUGGGGCGGUUCGAAGCCGUUGGACAACCCGAACAAUAUUCAUGUUGUUAUCUACCGGUGUCGGGAUAUGUCGGACAGCUGUGGUGUGUGUUUGGCGCUCGAGGAAAAGUACAAGUGCGGCUGGUGUUCGUCGUCGAACACGUGCGAGGUGGAGGAUCAGUGUGGCAUAUCGGGCAAGGUGGAGGGACAGAACAAGACGGACUGGUUGAACAAUCAGCAAACCUGCCCGAACCCCGAAAUCCACUCGUUCGACCCGAAAACGGGCCCAUGGGAGGGUGGCACCAACAUUACGAUCCGGGGCAUCAAUCUCGGCAAAAAGUUUGACGACGUGUACGGUGGGAUCAAGAUCGCCGGCAUCGACUGUAUGCCGUUCCGGGAGCUGUACGUGCAGACGAAGGAGAUAGUGUGCAGCGUCGAUGGGCCGGGCGUUAAAUCGCACCGUUCGGGGCGUGUGGUGGUACAGAUAUCGGACUUCCGCGGUGAGUCGGCGAACGACUUUGAGUUUGUGGAUCCGGAAAUCGAAAACUUCGAACCGAAACACGGCCCAAUAUCGGGUGGGACGACGAUCAAGAUUAUGGGCCGGUAUUUGAAUACGGGCAGCCGGGUGCGGGCGUUCCUCGAUCAACAUCCGUGUGAGAUACUGAGUACGAACGACCGGGAGGCAACGUGCAGGACGACGGCGGUACCGAGCCCGAUGCAGGGCAAGCUGAAGAUGGUGUUCGAUAAUGGUGUGCGCGAGCUGAACGGGGAUCUGUUCGAGUACGUUCCGGAUCCUUGGAUUGAGCUGGUUUCGUCGGGUGAAAGCAAAACGGCUAAAGGCAUUCCGGCCGGUGGUAUCAAGAUGGCGGUACAUGGGCGAAACUUUGGCUCGAUCCAGCGACCCCAGAUCUACGUCUACUACAACGGACAAAUCUCGCUCAACGAGUGUAACAUCAUCAAUCCUCAGCUGAUGGAAUGCUACUCACCGAAAAUUGAUCUACAGGACGAGGAUCCGUUCGGCAGUUCGGACGACCCGCUCACGCUCGAGUACGGCUUCAUCAUGAACGACGUAAUGACCGUGCGCAACCUAUCGUCGCAAUGGGGCAGCUACUUCGAGCUAUACCCAAACCCAACCUACCAACCGUUCGACGACGUAAAGUACUUUAACAGCGAGUAUCUGAACAUUAACGGACGUAACAUCGACCGUGCGUGCAAGUACAGCGACGUGGUGGUAAAGAUCGGUGACAACGGUAUCUGCAACAUUACGUCCAUGUCACGCCAGCAGGUCACCUGCCUGCCGCCGAAGAACCCGGACGCGAAAAAGGUUCACGUGAAGGUGAUCGUCGGCAAUUCGCUGCAGUUCGACAUCGGGUAUAUGGUGUACACGUCGGCCGGCAUUUUGCCUAGCUUUAGCAGUAAUGCGGUCACGUUUAGCGUGGUGGUUGCCAUCGCACUGUUCUUCGUGGUGUUUGUCGCGCUGGCGAUUGCGUACCGGAAGAAGACGAGCGAGAACAAUCGCGUGCUGAAGAACAUGCAGGAGCAGAUGGAUAUACUAGAGUUGCGCGUCGCAGCGGAAUGUAAGGAAGCGUUCGCGGAGCUGCAAACGGAAAUGACCGAUCUCGGUGGCGAUAUUACGUCCGGUGGUAUACCGUAUCUGGACUACCGUACGUACGCGAUGAAGAUUCUGUUCCCGAACCACGACGACCAUGUCGUGCUGCAGUGGGAAAAGCCGGAACUGCUGCGCAAGGAGAAGGGUCUCCGGCUGUUCGGGCAGCUCGUCAUGAACAAAACAUUCCUGCUGCUGUUUAUCCGGACGCUCGAAAGCAAUCGGUACUUUUCGAUGCGCGAGCGCGUAAAUGUUGCCUCGCUGAUAAUGGUGACGCUGCAGAGCAAGCUCGAGUACUGCACCGACAUCCUGAAGACGCUGCUGGCCGAGCUGAUCGAGAAGUGCAUCGAUGGGAAGUCGCACCCGAAGCUGCUGCUGCGCCGCACCGAAUCGGUCGCGGAGAAGAUGCUGUCCGCCUGGUUCACGUUUCUGCUGUACAAGUUCCUGAAGGAGUGCGCCGGCGAACCGCUGUACAUGCUGUUCCGUGCGGUGAAGGGCCAGAUCGACAAGGGUCCGGUGGAUGCGGUCACGCACGAGGCCCGCUACUCGCUGAGCGAGGAGAAGCUGAUCCGGCAGAUGAUCGAGUUUAAGGUGAUAACGGUGUACGCGAGCAUCACGCAACCGCCGAUCCUGUGCAACAACAUCGAGAUGAUACCCACCAACACAGAAAACAUUCCGGUAAAGGUGCUGGACUGUGACAGCAUCGGGCAGGUGAAGGAGAAGUGUCUCGACACGAUCUACAAGGCGAUCCCGUGGAGCCAGCGGCCCCGGAAGGAGGAUCUCGAUCUCGAGUGGCGCACCGGUGCGACCGGCCGGCUCAUCCUGUACGACGAAGACUCCACGUCCAAGACGGACGGCGAGUGGAAGAAGCUGAACACGCUGCACCACUACCGGGUGAGCGAGGGCAGCUGUCUCAGCCUGGUGCCGAAGGAGAGCUCCAUCUACAACAUUACGCUGCUGGGCGAAAAGUACACGGAGAAGAUCCACAAGUACGAAACACUAAACAUAUCGAAGUUUGUUUCGCCGUCGCCACCGUUCAGCCGCGCGGGCAGCCCGAUGAACGGCGAUCUGCAGGAGAACAGCCUCAAGUACUGGCAUCUGGUGAAGCACCAUGAUAGCGAUGGGUCGAAGGAGGGCGAACGGGUGAACAAGAUGGUUUCGGAGAUUUAUCUAACACGACUGCUAGCCACUAAGGGUACACUCCAAAAGUUUGUCGACGAUCUGUUCGAAACCAUCUUCAGUACCGCGCACCGUGGCUCCGCACUGCCCUUAGCAAUAAAGUAUAUGUUUGACUUCCUAGAUGAUCAAGCACUCUUACAUGGUAUUACCGAUCCGGAGGUUGUGCACACUUGGAAAAGUAACAGUUUACCGUUACGAUUCUGGGUAAAUCUCAUUAAGAAUCCUAACUUUGUGUUUGAUAUACAUAAGUCCAACAUCGUGGACUCUUGCCUUUCGGUUGUGGCUCAAACCUUCAUGGACUCGUGUUCAACUUCGGACCACAGGCUAGGGAAAGAUUCACCUAGUUCGAAACUGCUGUACGCCAAGGACAUUCCCUCGUACCGUGAAUGGGUGGAGCGUUACUAUAACGACAUCCGGGACAUGCCGGCAAUUUCCGACCAGGACAUGAACGCCAUGCUCGCGGAGGAGUCCAGGGUGAGUUUGCACACGACCGAAUUUAAUACCAACUGCGCCCUACACGAGCUUUAUCAGUACGCAGUAAAAUACAACGAGCAACUGACUGUCACACUCGAGGAGGACGAGUUUUCGCAGAAGCAGCGACUGGCGUUCAAGCUGGAACAGGUGCACAGUAUCAUGUCCGCGGAGUAAGUGUGUAUGUCUGUCUGUCUGUGUGUGUGUGUGUGAGUGUAUUGUAUGAAACGUGGUACCCCUGGGAGAUGGCGACCGCCCGCAUUCGGGUCGGGCGGAAGCAACAUUCACCACCGUAGUGCGAAAAAGGGGAAAACAAAACACAACAAAAAAAAAAAAACAAACAAACAAACAAAAUAAUAUAUGUAUAGAUGGUAAGCUACCUGCAUGGGACAUUUUUUUUUUCGUGAAGAAACGAACGAACGCCGCACCUACAGACCUACAGAAACACAUUCAUAAGAAACAAAGCAAAACAAAAAAUAUAAUGUAUGCGAUAUUCAUGUUGUGAGCAGCCCGUGCAGGACCGCCCCGGUGCGGUCUGACGGGGGAUUAAAAUGUGUGGUUAGGGAAAACAAACAAAAAAAAACAAAACAUUCACAUACACCAGCAUCUCAAGGAACACAAACACACACACACACGCAUACACGCAUACCAACACAUACACAAACACACCCAGAAACACACAUAGUCCGUGUAUGGCGUGUAAACCCGAUUAUAUAAGAUAUAGGAAAAGAAAAGCAAAUCAAACAAAACACGAUGCGCCGCGAAGAGGAGAAACGAAUAAACAAAAACACCCAUCUUGUCUAAUAUACACACCGCGUCACGAUAUUAAACAAAAAAAAACAAAAACGGGAGACUGAUACACAAAGAGACGGAAACUGUGUAUGCGCAAAAAAAUAAAGAAACACAACGCGGCUACAAAAACAAAACAAAAAAAAAACAACUCGAAACACACACACACAUACACGCAAGCAAGACAAAAAUAUCAUGUUUUUAAGAAAUGUCAUACAUCGCUUUUGAUUAAUUGUAAAACGAAACGCAGCAGAAGAAGCAGGUGUGCAUGUAUGUAUGUGUGUGUGUGUGUGUGCAAAAUCGAAACGGGGUCGCGCAGUAGAACUCGGGGAUGAGUAAUCUCAAGCGAAAAGGGAUGAAAGAGGGGAGGAAGGGAGGGGGGGGGGGAACGGGGGUAUAGAGAGAGCGAUCGGAGGGGGGAAUUCCAGAAAAAAGGGGUGGCAUUUUCGCGGGUUUAGCAGCGAGGGGUGGUGAUGGUGCGAAUCAGUUGGCGAUAUCGGCAUCCCGUGCGUGCAUGAAUGAAAAAAAAAA